GUUGCGUAAGAUGGAUUUGUUUAGUGAAAAGAAUCCAUUACCCUCUUAAAACCUGAUUUUCGUCGGCGUAAUCUCAGGUUUGUGUUUUUGAACAGGAGCUUUUGCUCAUCUCGAGUGGUUGCUUGUUUUACAGGGCCGAGCUCCAUCUGCUUCCACUGGCUCACCAACCAUAAAGACAUGACAGAUAACCAAGAACCAAUUUUGUCAAAAGAUGAAACGUCAACACAUCAGAUACUAUUUGCUAAAGUCAAGCGCUGGCAAUGGUGGUGUUUGGUAUCACUCAACGUAAUUUUCCUUUUGGUGGGUCAAGCAGCCGCUGUUAUACUCGGCAGAUUUUAUUAUGACCAGGGUGGUAAUAGUAAAUGGAUGGCUACACUUGUGCAAACUGCAGCCUUCCCUCUCCUCUAUCUUUCGCUAUUUUUUCUUCCUUCUUCCCAACAUUCUUUAACUUCUUCAGGAGCACCUUCUAUUAAAAUUCUUGCCUCAAUUUACUUCUGUCUCGGAGUGGUUAUAGCUGGUGACAACAUGUUAUAUUCUGUUGGGCUCCUAUAUCUCUCAGCCUCAACUUACUCCCUUAUUUGUGCCACCCAAUUAGCUUUCAAUGCGGUUUUCUCGUACUUCAUCAAUUCUCAGAAGUUCACUGCACUGGUUCUUAACUCCGUGGUUGUCCUAUCACUAUCUGCAGCCCUUAUUGCAGUUAAUGAUGACUCAGACGGACCAACAGGAGUCUCGAAAGCAAAGUAUAUCAUUGGCUUCAUUUGCACCCUCGCAGCUUCUGCAAUUUACUCUCUUUUACUCUCUCUUAUGCAGCUUUCUUUCCAAAAGGUUCUGAAAAGGGAAACAUUCACUGUGGUGCUAGAAAUGCAAAUCUAUACUUCCCUGGUCGCCACUAGUGUUUCGCUUAUCGGUCUUUUUGCGAGCGGAGAAUGGAGGAUUUUGCAUGGAGAAAUGCAGGGCUUUGGUAAGGGAGGAUUCGCAUAUGUGAUGACACUGGUUUGGACAGCUGUGGCUUGGCAGGUUUGCUCUGUUGGUGUUGUGGGAUUGAUAUUUGUAGUCUCUUCUCUCUUCUCCAAUGUAAUUAGUACUCUCUCAUUGGCUGUGACCCCGAUUGCUUCUGUGAUAGUUUUCCAUGACAAGAUGAAUGGAGUUAAGAUAGUUGCUAUGCUUAUGGCUAUCUGGGGUUUUGCCUCUUACAUUUAUCAAAACUAUCUCGAUGAUUCUAAGGCGAGAAGAACGCAGACUCGCGAGACUGAAUCCCAAAAUGAUUCUGUGUGAAGAUGAAUCUGUGUUAACUCAUUGUUUUAGGAUAUACCAACUAUUGAGUCCUUUUUUUUUCUGGAAAAUUCAACUAUAUUCAAUUAUUACAAGGGCAUUUUGCUGGGAUA